AGUGAGUACGUUUCACAGGAUCCAGGCCUAGUAGUAUUGCCGCUGGGACUCUCCUCAUCCGCUUUCAAAAAAUUGGAAAUUGGCACAUUUAAACGCCAAAAUGAGCGGGUCGAGGGUCAUUUUUGCGGUGGCCGACACCGGAAUGGGAGGAACCAUGCCAGCAUGAGUGGGCCUUACACAGGCCCUGGCAGGGAGACUCAUCAGUCCAGCUGCCCUUUGACCCCUGGUCGUAACCUCUCCGCCCACUCCUGCUCCCCCAGACACCAUGACAGCAGGAUCAGUCUUACCAUGUCUGCCGCCACCUCCUCCCUCAAGCAUGCAUCCGUCUAUGGAUUCACACAAAGGGACCACUCCUCUUCAUCCUCAUCUUCCUCCUACAGUCCCCUCAUGAGGCUGCAGCAUCUCACCAGCAUGGUGAGCCAACCUGACCUGGUGCUGCCAGUGAGGGAGGGGAGGGCACCAGAGAGGAAGUGGGAGUGGGGCACAAGUAAGAAGGACAGGGGGAAGGAGAUGGAAAGGGACUCGUGGACUGAUUGCACUGGCAGGGAUUAUUCUGGCACCCAGAGUAGGGAGGAGAGCUUUGGUAACUCUUCCUCUGCUGGACGAAAACAACCUGACGUCCAGACUGGGAGUAGAAAUGCGUCAGCAGCCAAUCGGAGCGAUCCUGUUGUCUCAGAGAAAAAGACAGAAGGUUGUUUUUCAGGCCCGCCUAGCCCGGCCUUCUCUCUCGAUAGCAACAGCCCAUUUGCUAAUGGCUUCCUCCACUUUGAGUCCUCUUUGUUCGAGGAUGAUGAUGACAACAACAACAACGAGGAAGAGCGAGAGGUUGCGUUGCCCGUUGGAGACUCACGGGACAAACGUGAGAGGGUGGGGAAUCUUCUUCAGUCCACUCCUGGAGACUUAAAUUCAGACUCCAAGGAUGCUACUGUGUCGUCAGCCAAGGUUGUCACCCGGUCCCAGUCCUCAGGUCAGCGCAGGAGAUACUGGGACGGCUCUGAUGACGAGUGGGAGAGCGACACCGAUCUGUUCCUGUUUGAGGAUAGUCCUUCAAGGCAUUUGUUGCCAAACAGCCUCAAGAAAAAGUCUUUGCCGCCUGUGAAGUUUUUAGUGGGUGAAGUUGUUUGGGCAAAGUUCAGCCGAAGACCCUGGUGGCCCUGUGAGGUGAUCGUUGACCCUGCACAGGGAACCUAUCACAGAGUUAAAGAGCCCAGUGAUCGGCCCUGUCUGCUCUAUCAUGUCAAGACAUUUGGGGAGCCUGUGGAGUUGGCCUGGGUGGCAGAAAAAUCAGCUCACACUUUCCAUGGAGGCUUUGAAUUUGAGCAGCUCUCCCUACUGGGUCAAAGGGGAAAACAAAGGGAGCAGAACUACAAAUACAAUAUUGCUAAACGUUUUCAGGACUCUUGGAAAUCCAGCAUUGCAGAAGCUGAAUCUGUUCUCCCACAGAGACCCAAAAUGGGAUCCUCCCUUCCUUCGUCCAUAGAUGAUGCCUUCCACAACAGUUCAACACCAGAGAACAAGGCCCAUCCAAUCUCUCCUCCCUCCACCUCACCUGUCUCCGCCCCUCCAGAGACAUUGCACAUGACCAAUGGAUCUAUUUCAUCCCCUGUUAUUUCAUCCCCAAUACCAGCUCCAACAAAGCCAAGCACUUUAAGGAAAUCUUCUGGCAAGAAGAAACUGAGUAAAUCAUCAAAGAACAUGAGUAGAAAACACUCUAAAAACAUGUUGCAUAAUAGCCCAAACCAAUCAGAGAGAGACAAUGAAGAGUGUCCAUAUUCUGACCUGGACUCAGUCCCUAAGAUUUUGUGUCCUAAAGCACUUGAACGUCAGCCGAAACUGGUUCCAACCCAGCCGUUCGUUUCGGUUGUCAAAGAGGUAAAGAAGCAGCCAGAGAUUCAGAGCGGUCUGUGGUUUAGCAAAUCGGGCAAAGACAGGCGACCUAAAACAACUACUCCAAUGCCAGAUCGUACUCUCUUUAGUAAGGUGCCCUGUAAGAAAAAGAAUUCAUCUGUUGUUAGUAAAAAGAUGCUGGUUCCCAGUGCGUCCACCUACAAUGGUGGCCAUGGUGACCAGUCAGGUUUGUCAGACAAGCAUAAGACUCUGGUACCUGCUGAAACAAAUCUGCCACCUGAACAGUCAGGACAUUUGAAGUGUAAAAACACCAUGGUUGCUAAUAGGUCUUCUGAUACAAACGGCAACCCUGCUGACCAGUCAGGAUUGUCAGACAAGCAGAAGUCGCUGGACUCUGUUGAGAUUGGCAUUCCCUCUGGCGUCAAGUGUGGAUAUUCAAAGGGUAGACAGACAGUCUGUAAUUCAACCAGUGCAGUUAGUGGCACGCUGUCUGACCAGUUAGGUAGCUCAGAUGUUAAAAAGACCCAUGAUCCGAGUAAAAAGGCCAGUUUUAGUGAUCAAUCCAGGUUUUCAGAGAGUGUAAUAAGCAUCAGUCAAACUGAACAUUCUCAUACGAUGGCUAGGAAAAAGGUUUAUGUACACGACAGAAUUUCAGACCAAAUAGAAGAAAAAGAGGUUAGCAAGCCUCCAGCGUCCAAUUUGAGUGUCGACACUACUGACCCAUUAGCAAGGCUAGGGAAGAAAACAUCUCUGGUCUCGAAGUGUAGGUUGCCCUUUGUCAAAUUAAUACGCAAGGACAUAAAGGGUAAGAAAAUCUUAAACUCCAGUGUAAUCAUUAGUUCCAAAGACCAACCUAGAAGUGCAAAGAGUGAAAAAACAUCAGAUACGAAUGAGAAUGAAAUGUCCUCAAAACAAUCAGACUUGGUGGAUGGCAUGGCAAGUGUCUCCAUAAAACAGGCAGUCAGUUCAGAAUCCAAAAAGGUUUCAGUUAAGAAGUUAAAAGCAAGUGCUGGGACUGGUAUGCUUCGUCUCUCCUCAGAAUCAUCACAAGGGAAACCUACUGUGGCAAGUGUGUCUGCUGAUGAGUUAAGUGGCCCAGAAGCAGAAAGGAUACCAGUGUUAAAUAUUAGCUCAAGCAAUGUGAUUUAUUCAUCUUCAAACCAAUCAGACCAGUCAGAAGGUAAGAAGACUACUGCCUCCAAUGUAACAACUAUGUCCUCUGACAAAUCAGGCAGCUCAGAGCAAAAAACGACUUCUGUCACUAGCCCAGCGCAUAAGACAACUUCUCUGCCUUCUCACCGGGAUGGAAAUUCAGUAUCUAGGAAUGCUCAUGUGCCCGAAGGCCUGUCCUCUGAGAAAUCAAAGGCCAUUGUCCACAAAUCGAAGCAGGUCCCAGGUAAAGUGAAUAAAGUCCUACUACAUGAGCAGCCUGCCCAUCUCCCAGCCAGUAGUCGACUGAUGACCGGAGCUCUGAAGGCUAUGCAGGAGGUGCAAAAGAAGAAACGUGACAAAGCCAGAAAAGGGGCUGAUCCAUUCAGAAAAGCUCAGCGCAACUCUUCGAUGAAUCCAGAUACCAAACUGGACUUUUGCACUAAAUUAAAAUCUCUUAAAUCUCAUUGUAAUGACAAUGGUGAGUGUGAUCAGGACACUUUUUCUAGCUGUAGCACUCCUCCUUUGAUGUUUUCUGACUCAACUGACUUUGAAGCUGAAGUCAAGAGUGAAGAUGAAGACCUCUCAAUAUCCUCAACUCCACCAAUGGACUUUAUGCCCCUCACUUCUAAAGUAAAAGUAAAAGAAAAGAAGGAAGAUCAUUCCUCUGACAUUUGCUCCUCAUCCGCACCUUCCUCACCGUUUUCUUUUAUGAAUGCCUUUAAAAAUGUGGAGGAGGUAUCCUUCCAGUCCUUGACAAAUGAAGAUGAUGGUAAACCCAUCUCUUUCAAACCCGACACAAACUACAAGUUCAGCACUUUUCUCAUGAUGCUGAAGGACUUGCAUGACACCAGAGAGCGAGACGGGGCCCCCUUAGAACUGGAGAUUGGGCCACCAAGUGCACAUGUUAAGAAGGAGCCCUUAGUGAUGCCUGGGGAAGCUACACCCACAGGUCAAGAUCAACAAAUUGAAUGUGUUAAUCACAAAUCAAGUUCAAAUCCAGACAAAAAUGAAGAUAGCACAAGUCAAGUUUCCAAGAGGCCCUAUACCAGGAGGGGAAGCUCCACUGGGAUGAAAAAGAAAACGAACCGCAAAGUGCCUUGCCGUCCUACCAGGUCUGGACCUGGUUACCCAGGGCUGGAGUCCUCUCCAGAAAUGGCGUCCUUGCCAGGAAUGGAGUUUUCAUCAGGAAUGGAUUGCUCAUCAAGACUCCAGUCCUUGUUGGGUAAGCAGGCCAGCAGCUGGGAGAGGCAGGCUGAAAGUGGUGAAGGAGUGAUAAGGGAGCAAGAGGAGAAGAGGUGGAGCAGACUAAAUGAGAAUCUACAGAAUAUGGUUCCUUUGGAGCAAAGGGGGUCCGACACUAAGCAAUUUCUGGAGCAGCCGAAUGGUCUUGCUGCAGACCGCACUGAGGAACAUACCAGCUUGAUGCACAUCGCUGGAGGAGGCGACGAUGCUCCAUCGGGACAUAAACGAAUAAGAAAACCAAGCAAGAGGCUCAUUGAAUGGACUGAAGAGUAUGAUCAGAUUUUCUCCACGAGGAAGAAAACCAAAAAGCCUCUCCAGUCGAUUGGAAAGGCCAGUCAACCCAUUACCUCCAUGUCCGAACCCCCGGUAUCAGACAAGAACGCACAACCCCCUCCAUCUUUGAAUUUACUUCCUGAGAUACAAACUCCACCUCCUGAGGAAAUCGCUGUUACGACGCCCUCUGAACUACAGAUUCCCAGCACUGAAAACACAUCUCCCCAAGAUGCACCGGUGCUUUCCAUCGACACGCUAACCCCUCCACCAGAAGCUGAACCUUCGCUGUCAGAGGGCCCUGUCAAAGACGCCGGAAAGGCUCCUCUGCUGGAGAGAAAGCGGAAGAGGAAACCCACUCAGAAGAUCCUGCAGUACUGUCUGGAGGCCGAGGCCGCAACAGGCCCCAAGAAGAAGGUCAAAACACUGAAGAACAAUUCAAAUCCUGCUCCUCAAUCAGAUUCUGGGCCACAGCCUUUAAAAUCAAAGAGCAAGCAGCUUACAGCAUCCAGUUCCCCACCGACCACCCCAGAGGUUUCCACCUGUGCGCCCACUCCCUCUAUUCAGACUGAUCCCGCUCCCAGCACUCCUGAUCCCUCCACUCCAGCACCGCACCUGCCUGAACCCAGCCAGGUUGAGAUGACAUCAGCAGAUGACGAUGAUGCUCCUCAUCCAGAUGACAAUAAGUCUCAGGAGGUCAAAAAGGAUGCAGUUGAGUCAGAGGGUGACCCGUCCAGCUUGGAUCACAGCUUCUCCUCCAUGAAGGACGACUUGUCGCUGUGCGAGGACCCACUUUUACCUUCGAGGAAGAUCAUAGGGGACCGAGGAGGCCCAGCUUCCAUGAAGGAAAACAUAUGCCAGGUGUGUGAGAAGACGGGAGAGCUGCUGCUGUGUGAGGGUCAGUGCUGUGGAGCUUUCCACCUGCCCUGCAUCUCGCUGGCCGAAGCCCCUAAAGGGAAGUUUGUCUGUCCUGAGUGCAAAUCAGGUAUCCACACCUGCUUUGUGUGUAAGAAGCGCAGUGAGGAUGUGCGGCGCUGUAUGAUUCCAGUGUGUGGGAAGUUUUAUCACGGGGAGUGUAUCGCCAGCUUCGCCCCGACCGCACCUGUGAACCGAGGCUUCCGCUGCUCGAUCCACGUCUGUCUCACCUGCUUCAUCACCAAUCCCAACAGUUCCUCCAUCUCCAAAGGUCGUUUGGUUCGGUGUGUGCGCUGCCCGGUGGCUUAUCACGCUACGGAUCUCUGCAUGGCGGCGGGCAGCGUUGUACUCUCCAACAACAGCAUCGUUUGUCCCAACCACUUCACCCCCCGUCGCGGUGUCAAAAACCACGAACAUGUCAACGUCAGCUGGUGCUUCGUCUGCACUGAAGGGGGCAGUCUGCUGUGCUGCGAGUCCUGUCCUGCUGCAUUUCAUCGGGAGUGUCUGAACAUCGAGAUGCCUAAGGGCAGCUGGUACUGUAACGACUGCAAGGCUGGGAAGAAACCUCACUACAAGGACAUCCUGUGGGUGAAGGUUGGGCGGUACAGGUGGUGGCCUGCAGAGGUCAGCCAUCCCAAAACGAUCCCAGAGAACAUCCAGCGAAUGAGGCACGAUGUCGGAGAGUUCCCCGUUCAUUUCUUCGGCUCCAACGACUACCUGUGGACCUACCAGGCCAGGGUCUUCCCUUAUAUGGAUGUGGACGCCAAGAGCAAAGAGAAGAUGGGGAAAGGUGUUGAUGCCACCUACAAGAAAGCUUUGGAGGAGGCAGCUGUGCGAUUUCGUGAGCUGCAGGCAGAGAAGGAGCUUCGGCAGCUUCAAGAGGACAGAAAGAACGACAGGAAACCUCCUCCAUACAAACAUAUUAAGGUGAAUCGACCAAUAGGAAAGGUUCAGAUCUUCACAGCCGACCUAUCAGAGAUCCCUCGCUGUAACUGUAAGGCGACAGACGAGAGCCCGUGUGGGACUGACUCGGAGUGCAUCAACCGCAUGUUGCUUUACGAAUGCCACCCGCAGGUUUGCCCGGCGGGUGAGCGGUGUCUGAACCAGGCCUUCACCAAGCGUCAGUACAGCCAGGUGGAGAUUUUCAGGACGCUGUCUCGAGGCUGGGGGCUCCGCUGUGUCCACGACAUCAAGAAGGGUCAGUUUGUGAGUGAGUACGUCGGGGAGGUGAUUGACGAGGAGGAGUGCAGGUCGAGGAUCAGACACGCCCAAGAGACUGACAUCUGUAACUUCUACAUGCUAACUCUGGAUAAGGAUCGGAUCAUUGAUGCUGGGCCGAAGGGGAACGAGGCUCGCUUCAUGAACCACUGCUGUCAGCCAAACUGUGAGACCCAGAAGUGGACAGUGAGCGGAGACACGCGGGUCGGACUGUUCGCACUUGUCGACGUCGCUGCAGGCACAGAGCUCACAUUCAACUACAACCUGGAGUGUUUGGGGAACGGGAAGACGGUUUGUAAAUGUGGAGCACCAAACUGCAGCGGCUUCCUGGGCGUCAGGCCAAAGAACAACCCUCCAUCUGAAGACAAAGGUCGUAAGCUGAAGCGGAGGGGCCACGGCAAGAAGAAGAAGAAGGUGGUGGUGACCAAAGAAAGAGAGGACGAGUGUUUCAGCUGCGGAGACGGAGGACAGAUGGUUUCCUGUAAGAGACCCGGCUGUCCCAAAGUUUAUCACGCCGACUGCCUCAACCUCACCAAGAGGCCUGCAGGACGUUGGGAAUGUCCAUGGCACCAGUGCGACAUAUGCACUAAGGAUGCGGCGUCUUUCUGCGAGAUGUGCCCCAGCUCCUACUGCGCCCAGCACCGCGAUGGCCUGCUUUUCAUUUCCAAGCUGGAUGGAAAACUGUCCUGCAGCGAGCACGACCCCUGUGGCCCCGAACCGCUGGAGCCAGGGGAGAUCCGGGAGUACACCCCUGAACCCAGACCCCUAACCUCGGGGCUGGGAAUGGCCGUCAUCCCCUCUGCUGCUUCUAACACCGCCACAAGUGCGAACCCAACCACCAAGAGGGACCAGGAGAUCAGCGCCGGCGCUGGCACGUGUGCUUCCGAGUCAUUUCCUGCUUUUUCCAUCCCGGUACCCAUCACUAUCCCUGUCUCUGCGCCUCCUGCCUCACCUCCCCCCAGCAGCACGGAUGCUCCCAGCAGCCCGCAUGUGUUCGACCUCCCACACUACUCGCCCAUUUCCUCGUAUGAGGAGGAGAGGGAUGUCUUAGAGGAGGAGGAGGAGGAGGAGGAGGAGGAGGAGGAGGAGGAGGAGGAGGAGGAGGAGGAGGAGGAGGAGGAGCUGUUAGAGGAGGUGGAGGAGGACUUAGUGGAAGACGGGAAGCAGAAAUCUGAUUCUCAUGAAGAGGACGGAGAAGAGGAGGAGGAGGAGGAGGAGGAGGAGGAGGAAUACCUUGAGAUCAAAGAUGAUGAAGACGAGGAGGAGGAGGAAGAAGAAGAGGAGGAGGAAGAAGAAGAGGAGGAGGAGGAAGAAGAGGAGGAGGAGGAGGAGUGACGCACAGUGGAUUUAUCAGUGGCACACUCACAGUCACUACAGUCAAAUUACACAAGUAGCCCAGUCUGUCACUGUUUGUAUCCAGCGAGCAGGUGUGUGUAUGGAGGAAUUUUAGGACAGAACUAAGUCAAUACAUUAAUAAAUGUUGAAAUUCAUAAAUCAGAAAAUAAACACAGCAUAAAUAUUGAAUAGAUUCAUAUAUAAAUAGACAAAUAUCCAUCAGUUUCACUAUUAUACAUUUGUUUAAUUAGUUCUGUCCUAUUAAUCGAUUCAUAUUCCCUGACUUUGGUGCAAACCUUCUGUGGAGACGGUGACUUUGCACACAGUGGUGCUCACUGACACUCGAUAUGGGAGGUCUGACAAAGAAAAUUAUCUGGAACUGCUACAUAAAACAUAUUUCACUAUGAUAUACUGUUUUUUUUUCCCACACAGCUGGUUUGUUUUUGGUAUUCUUUGAGUAGGAUUUCAGGUGUCAUAUAUGUCAGAAAGUUGACCUGCGAAAGCUUUGUGUAGUUUACGACAGUUACUGUAUCUGCUGGAUCUCAGAGUCGGUGUUUUAGGUGUUUUACACAACAACUGUGCUGUAGCUUCCUGUCAGGGAGGGAUUGAACUCUUCAAUCUUCAGCUCACUAUUCCUGGGACAGACUCAAAUUAGUGCUCAGCCUGGUAAAGAUUACAUUAGAAAUCUAAUCAGUAACAUCUGGAUCAAAUGGUUACCAUGCUAACAUCCAGAAAAAAAAACAUGGCAUUAAUCCACAAAUAAACUAGUUUGAGUCCCCUCCAUUGCGAUCACAUCCAGUCUGGUUGUGCUUCCAAACAAUGAUGUGAAAUGAAAACACAUCCAGCUUUUAUUGGACUGAAAUUUGAAAUGCAGUCAGUGGACUGUGGUGGUUACUUCUUGAAAGUCAGUGAGUGAUGUAUAAUUGGGAUUUUACUGGACACACACACACUGCUGGAAAAAUCAGAAAAGGACCAGAUACAAGACCAAACACAAGAAAUCUGAUCCACUUCCUUCCAGGAAACUGACACACAGGAGUCGUCUCCUCCAUGAACUCCAGUCUCUCCCCUCAGCGGCUCAGAUUAUUAGAUGGUGCUUUGACAGCAGAGCUGUGUUAACAUGCUCCAAAGAUCAGACUGUCUACAAUCAAAUGUGAACGUGCCAGAUGAUUGGCUGCCUGGUGUAGCCUUAUAAAUGCGAUCGCACACAACAAGCGACUGUCAGUGCCAGUUUGCUGUUGUUGAAACAUCUUGCAGUCUAAUGCUGGUCUGGCUGCAGGGUAUCAUCUUGUCAGUCAACCAAUCCUGCAACUCUACAGCACAGCUACAUGCCAGAAAGUUUCAAUCAGCCUGGAGACAAGAGAAAGAUGUUUGGCUGAAAUUAUACACUUAAGCUUGAUUUAUACUUCUGCAUCACGUCGACGGCGUAGCCUGAUGUGCACCUCCAAUAAAUCCUAACUACGCAUCACGGCGUAUAGUUUUCGACUGAAGCUGCCAAUAGUUAGCAUCGAAAGUAAUUUUCUCGAAGUCUGACCAUUUCAUGUGCUAAAACUGUCAGAUUAAGAAACUCAUAGGUUAUUUACCAGCUUCAUAAAUCUGGUUGGACUGCAGGUUUCACUCACUGACACUCCUGAAGCUGGUUUUAGUAGAAUCACAUCCUUCAGCAUUUAACACUGGGCAACACGAAAGGACAAAUCACUCGCGCCCUCGUGGUGGCCGGUGGUCUGAACGCAGAGAUGGCACUAAGUCCUGCUCCAGUGUGUGUGCUGUGCUCUGUAGUUAUUAUUUAUAUACUGUUCUGUGACGCACAAAUGAUGAAGAGCCUGGGUGUCUAGCGCUCCUUCGGCCCGCUCACUCAAUUUGACUCUCAAUCGAGGGGGAAACAAAAGUCUUCGAUUGGAUGCGAGACGCUUGAAAGGAUGGACUCCUGCCAUGAUGCUUGCACUUCAGUAUGUGUUCUUGCCACACGUGUUUCGCUCUGUCUUCAAGCUUAAUAUUGUCUGUGUGUUAUAUGCCAAUGCCUUAGAGUGUAUUUCUUUGGACAUGUUUUUAAGGAACGGUUUGGCGUCUGUGAGAGCCAAGUUUCCCUACUAAUGCCUUUUUACAGUUGCCCAACAAGCAAUGUUUCAUUCCAGUAUAAUUAUUACCUGUUAGAUCUCAACCAUUGUCCUGUUAAAAAAAACUGCUAUAUAAAUAUAUAAGAAGAAGAAGUUAUGAAAUAAGCACUUUGUACUGGACUCAUUCUUUUUCCAUUUAAUGGUCCAACAUGAAGCUACAUACAGAACAUCUAUGAGGGAGCUAAAUUACUAAAAACUAAAACUGUUACUUCUUAUGUGAUUACAGCAUCUUUCAGAUUAUCCUGAUGGUGUAAAUCAGACAUUUACAAAACCUACACAAUGGAAAUCAUAUUAUCCGAAUUUAAGAAAGAUUAAUUGAUAAUAGAAAUGUAUCAUUUUUAUCCAAUGCUUGAAAGUGUAAAUAAAGAUUUGGUGUUUUGUUUGAAAACAAUGGUUAGUUUUAACACCUGCAGUUCCCAUAAGCCUUUGUCAAUGUGCCAAAUGCUAAUUAAUAACUACUUUAAAGAGAAAGCUAGAUAUCAUAAAGUCCUGCCUCUGAAAAACUGUGAAGUUUGUCUUGAGAAGAGAUUUAAUCUUUGUUUUUAUCAAAAAAAAAAAAAAAAGUACCAGUAGAGCGCUGUGGUU